GCGCGCGGGGACACGACGCGGAUCUUCCUCCUCCUCCUCCUCCUCCUCCUCCUCCUCCUCCUCAGUGGAGUCCGGGUUAGGGGAGUAUGAGGAAGAUGUUGACCAUCAUCUCCGGAGCGCUGCGGGGAGCCGCCGCCAGGAAUGGGGCGCAGGCUGUGUCAGAGGGAACCCGAGUGGUGGUGUCCUCCCGCACUUAUGCUGACUUCACUCCGCAGGCCACCUUUGACAUCAAGAAGUGUGACCUGCAUCGCCUGGAGGAGGGGCCACCGCAGCAGGCUUUGCUUACACGGGAGGAGGGCCUCAGCUACUACCGCACCAUGCAGACGGUGAGACGCAUGGAGCUGAAGGCAGACCAGCUAUACAAGCAGAAGAUCAUCCGUGGCUUUUGUCACCUGUAUGACGGCCAGGAGGCGUGCGCGGUGGGAAUCGAGACAGGUAUCAAUCGCACGGACCACUUGAUCACUGCAUACCGUGCUCACGGCUACACGCUGACCAGAGGAGGCACCGUCCGCGAGAUCAUGGCUGAGCUCACAGGGCGAAGGGGCGGCAUCGCCAAGGGGAAGGGUGGCUCCAUGCACAUGUACACCAAGAACUUUUAUGGAGGCAAUGGCAUCGUGGGAGCUCAGGUACCCUUGGGUGCAGGUGUGGCCCUCGCCUGUAAGUACCAAGGGCGAAACGAGCUGUGCGUCACACUGUAUGGCGAUGGAGCAGCCAAUCAGGGCCAAAUCUUUGAGACAUACAACAUGGCAGCACUGUGGAAACUCCCCUGCAUCUUCAUCUGCGAGAACAACAAAUAUGGCAUGGGCACAUCCGUGGAGCGCGCUGCUGCCAGCACCGACUACUACAAGCGCGGGGACUUCAUCCCGGGCAUUCGGGUUGAUGGCAUGGAUGUACUGUGUGUGAGGGAAGCCACCAAGUUUGCAGCUGAACACUGCCGUGCGGGGAAGGGCCCAAUUCUGAUGGAGCUUCAGACAUACCGUUACCAUGGACACAGCAUGAGUGACCCAGGUGUCAGCUAUCGGACGCGCGAGGAGAUCCAGGAGGUGCGCAGCAAAAGUGACCCCAUCUCCAUGCUGAAGGAGCGAAUGCUAAGCACCAACAUGGCCAGUGUGGACGAGCUUAAGGAGAUUGAUGUGGAAGUGCGCAAAGAGAUCGAGGACGCGGCACAGUUUGCGACCACAGACCCGGAGCCCCCCCUUGAGGAGCUCUGCAACCACAUCUUCUACAAUGACCCCCCCAUUGAAGUGCGAGGCACCAACCCCUGGUCCAAGCUGAAGUCAGUCAGCUAGACCAUUUAGAUGACUGCACCUGACCCAUGUUGUCCUCCCAACACCAUUAAACAGCCCGGGGCUCACAAACUGAGGUCAUGGGGAAGGGGCCUUGUUGACGUGUGAAAUUACAUAAUUACUGUGUUCUACAAGUGUAACGAAUGUCAUAUCAUGAGCUGAACGUCUUAUCAGUAAAGCCUUGUUCUUGUUCUCGAGUGAAGGGAAUGUGCGGUUGAUGGUGUGUUGCCAAAAUACAGCCACUUCACCAUUGUUUACCUGGCGCUUGAGUAGUCAAAUAC